UCAACGAGCUCAACCAGAGAGACGCACAGACUAUCGACGUCUCAUGGUUCCGUUGUGGAAAUGGCCUAGUGCGCUCCUCCACAGCCAACCUCGCCAUAAAAGCGCAAAUGAGCUGCUAUUUGUUGGAGCUGGCCGACAGAAGAUAGCCCUAUCUGAGCCCGGGGGACUUUUAAGACGCUCAUUUGAGGAGUGACAAGGCAGAAAAAAACAAUGCCACAUUUUCUGUGGCCGGAGCCGCUGUCACCCGCACAGCUGAAGCGGCUGGAGGAGCAUAAAUACAGCGCCUCCGGUCGGUCCUUGUUUGAGCCUCCGCUGCAGAUCUACUGGAACUGGCUCGUCCAGCAAAUACCGACAUGGGUAGCACCAAACACCCUGACUAUUGUGGGACUGGUGGUGAAUAUCCUUACCACGGUGGUGCUUGUCUAUUAUUGUCCUACGGCAACAGAGGAGGGUCCAGCAUGGGCCUUCAUCCUGAGUGCGUUGGGCCUGUUCAUCUACCAGUCUCUGGACGCCAUCGAUGGGAAACAAGCCCGGAGGACGAACAGCAGCUCAGCUCUGGGAGAGCUCUUCGACCAUGGCUGUGACGCCGUCUCCACAGUGUUUGUGGCGGUGGGAACAUGCAUUGCAUGUGGAAUAGGAAGUUACCCAAACUGGAUAUUCUUUUGUGGUUUCAUCGGGAUGUUUAUGUUCUUCUGUGCCCACUGGCAGACCUAUGUGUCCGGGACGCUCCGCUUCGGCCUGGUUGACGUCACAGAGGUGCAAGUUGCCAUCACAAUCAUGUAUUUGAUGACAGCUUUCGGAGGUGUGAGCCUCUGGGAAACCACGUUGCCCUUCAUUGGACUGCAGUUCUACGCCUUCCCCAUCGUGGGCAUCAUCGGGGGCGCCCUCUACUCAUGCCAAAACUACUUUCAUGUCAUUUUGAAUGGAGGUGUCGGCAAAAAUGGCUCCACCGUGGCAGACACCAGCGUGCUGACUCCUGGUUUGCACAUCGGCCUCAUCCUCACUCUGGCCUUCAUCAUUUUCAAGAAGUCAUCCAGCCAGCUGUUUGAACAUCACCCCUGUCUGUACCUGCUCACGUUUGGCAUGGUCAUUGCCAAGAUCUCCAACAAACUGGUGAUUGCACACAUGACCAAGAGUGAGUUACACCUCCCAGACACAGCCUUUAUAGGCCCCGGCCUCCUCUUCCUCAACCAGUACUUUAACAGCUUCAUCGAUGAACACAUAGUACUCUGGAUAGCAAUGGUGCUCUCUUUUCUGGAUCUGGCACGCUACUGUACAGGCGUGUGCCUCCAGAUCGCCUCCCACCUGCGUAUCCAAGUGUUCAGCAUCACGCCGCCCAGCAACGCUCACCGCGACUGACGACUUGCCUGGCGGGAGGAGGGGGCGGGGGAAGAGUUGGACCUCUCCCCGCUCCUGAAAGCAGACGACGAUGAACAAGAGGAAAGACCCUCGACCCCGAGCCACUGCAGCCUUGACAAAGUGACCACUUCUGAUUAAAACUGCCUCUACCACUGUAUGGAAGUCACGAGACGGAAAAAACUACAAAUAACUCAACACUACAAACCAAAAAAAAAAAAAAAAAAAAGUUUAGAAAAUCAUGGAAACACAUCACCUGAGUUUCAACCUGAAUUAAAAAAACAAGAAGUGCAUGUUAUCAGGAAAUAAAAUUUAGAUUUUUACAUCACUUCCUACUUAUUCAUCUCAAAUACCAAAAUAUAUUUUUUUCAAUAGGUAUUUUGUAGCUUGUGUAAAUAUCAAAGCUUUUUAUCUACAUGAACAGAUAAGUGUCAAAGGUAGGAUUACUCAUAUCUUAAACACACAUAAACAUACAACAGUAAUAAAUAGUUAAUAGUUGCUUCAUCAAUAAGAUAAAUCUCUUUGAUAUGUGCUCAAACUAAAUAGAGUACCUGUUGAAAUUCCUUUUUAAUCAUUUACUUUUUUAUUUAUUCAGUGAAUGUGACUCAAUCUGACGUGAAUCAGGGCUUGAAAAUACAGAAUCAAAAUGAUGAAAAAAAACAAAACAGAAAACCUUCAAAACCUCAAGUAAUUUCCAAUGAACUUUAUAAUGUGGACUGGCAGGUUGUCAAGGAGCCACGUGCAGGGGUGUGACCGUCUGUGUUAAUGCUGAAAGCAAAGACGGCUCUUCUGUUAGGCUUCCUUCAUAAAGCACCACUCCAGCUGCUUCUUCCUUGUUGUUAUUCCCUGCUGCUCAUCUCAUUCCUCAGUCCCCCAAAACUAAAAACCAGCUCACCUUGGGCCUUUUUAGAGCGCUGCCGACUGAUGAAGCAUUAACACAUGACUUGUUCUGCUUUCUCUGUUCUUCUCCCUGAAGGGCUAAUUUUUUUUUUAAUUUUAUUUUGUGAUUGUACAGAAUUCAACUGAAGGCGCCUUAAAUAUUUUUGUUGUAAUUACUGUUAAACUUGUGAAUAUUUAAAGCAGCUUUGUAUGUUUUUUUUCCACUGAAGUAUCACACUAGAUAAAAACAAUAGUUGUAUUACAGUGCAACUGGAUUUUUUUUUUUUUUUUUUUUUAACUAUCCUCUCAUGAGGUUUCUUCUCUUAUACAAAUACACUAUGUACAGAGUAAUCAUUCAUUUGGUUCUUAAAAUGUUGUUGGAUCAUCAGUAAUUUUUUAAUAACUCAAUGAUAUGACUAAACAGUUUUAUCUGACUCACUCAUUCAGGUUCGUUGGGAUCAAAAGGGAUAUUUCUGUUGUGCCGUUGGACUAUUUAAGGGUGAAUAUGUGGUACGCCUGCAUUUUAUUUGGAACAAAUAAAAUAAUCUUUCUCACAUAUUCUGCUUGUGCAGGAUUAUGAACAUUGUAAAGGGGAAUGUCCCAAAAAACAAUAAUGAUUUAUUGCAUAACACAAUGAUGGAUUUUGGAACUAUGCAUUGAAAUGUAAAACCUUGAUUUCAAACACCAUGUUGCACUGUUCAAUAAUACAGUAAAACACCUUUCUACUAACUAAUGAGUGGAAAAGAUUGUAAUAAAGAAAAUAUUUUUCAUGAA